AUGGCUGAGCAGCACCACCAGCACCACCACCACCUCAUCCACCACCACAAGGAGGCGAAUCCCGCCGACGAGGUGGUCUACACCGAGACCGGCUCCACCGGCAAAGACGGGCACACGACUGGUUACGUGAAGACCACCGAGGUGGUCACCAACGACGGUGGCUACGAGUACAGGAAAGAGGAGAAGCAACACAAGCACAGGGAGCACCUCGGCGAGAUGGGCGCCCUCGCCGCCGGUGCCUUCGCGGAGCAUGAGAAGCACAAGGUUGAGAAGGACCCAGAGCACGCUCGUAGGCACAAGAUGGAGGCGGAGAUCGGCAAGGCAAUGGCAGUGGGCAGCGGAGGGUACGCCGCCCACGAGCACCACGAGAGGAAGGAAGCCAAGGAGCAGGCCGAGGAGGCUCAUGGGAAGAAGCACCACCAUUUCUUCUAAGACGGUGCAGACCCUGCAUGGAUUGUUCGGGUUCAUGGUGACCUUCCAAUGUUGGUAAUAAUCGAAGCACGUGGUUCUGGACCGCGUGAAGGCCUUCGUUUGUGUGCGUGUGUUUAAGAUUCACGAAAUUGCUUGAUCAAUAUGAUUGAUAUUAACUAAUAAAGUCUCUGCUUGUGUUUCCUUUGCUUGUGAUGUAAGUCUUCUGAAACACAAGUGUUCAAUCGCUCGUGUACUCGUACUCUGUUAAUGAGCUUUCUGCCCACGCAACCGUAAACUUCCAAAGGUCGCAAAAGCUUCACCACCCAAACCUCCCUCCACCACCUUCUCUGUCGUUUUCAGCAUCUCCUCCGUCAAGGGACGAAGAAACGCAUACUUGCGACGGAAGACGCUUAUAGCUACAUUUAUUCCAGUAAUACUAUGUCCAGAAAUAUAGGAUUAUGGAGCUAGAAUUGGACCUGAGUGUGACGGGAGCCACUAGGAAUCUCGCGUUUGCCUCCACCGAGACGGAGGCCGUCUUCGUCCUCCUCGCUCACCUUCCAGGUAUGGCACAUCCGAUCAUAUGGGUUAUUUUUGGUUAUCGCAGAUUUCUUAGCGACGAUGUGAUGCAGCAGGAUUGGUGCGGGAGAAGAUCGAGGUGUCGGUGAAUGAAGAGGGAACGGAGAUUAGCAUCAGCGGAGGAGGGGACAAAUCCGCCGUUGAGACGGUGGUUGGAAGACGACUGCGGUUGAGGAAUGAGUUCGAGAUUAACCCGUUUCGGAAGGUGUUUCGCAUCCCGAAUGGCGUGGCGUUGGAUCAGAUCGAUGCUGGUUUUUACGAGGAAGGAGACAUUCUGGUGAUUUUGAUGCCCAAAUCUGUUAGAGGUAAUGCCGCUGGAAUCGCAAUCCGAGAAGUUCAAGGAGGAGAAGCUCCAAGGGAACAGAAGCUUGAAGGAGACGAAGUGAUUUCUAUGGACCGACCUCAUGGUCAUGCAGAAGCAAACGAAGCGAGAGCCACGAUUGAUGAUGCAAAACCACCAAAGGCGGAAGAAGAAGAAGAAACCAAACAAGGAAAAGAAGAGGAUCUAAUCAGAAGAGAAGGGGCCGAAGAGAAAUUGGACCAGAAUGGAGCAGAAAGCUCAGGAACGGACCGUAAUGGAGAUCGAGAACCAAAGCACAUGGAAGCAGAGAUCAAAACACCUAAAGAAAAAGACUUUGAAGAAGAAGAGCGAAGAAAGGUACCUGAUCAACCUCAAAAGCCCUCGAUCGAGAUGGAAGCACCAGAUCUGCAUGGAGAGCCCCCUCCUUCCGCAGCACCGGGACCAAUCAACGGAGCGGGACAAGAAGAUACAAUCGAGAAGACGAGCGGUCCAGAACGAGAAGAAGAUGAAGACGAAGUGCCCGACUUGCUUGAAGCGGCUGAAGCGGAUCGAGAUCUCCACCAACCCAAGGGACAGCAGACGUAUCCAGAUCACCAAACGGAACAAGAAGACAAGGCGCAUGAACCGGAGCGACAAGAAGACAGAGCAGUACCUGAAUCGUUCGAAGCACCUCAAUCGGAAGGAGAUCUCCACCAACCCGAGGAACAGCAGACGGAUCCACAUCACCAAACUGAACAAGAAGACCAAGCGCAUGACUUGGAGCAACAAGAGGACAGAGCAGUACCUGAACCGGAUGGAGAAGAUAUCCACCACCCCGAAGACAAGACAAAACCCGGCGAGAUUUCAGAUCAAAUUCCCCGUCGAUCCGGCGACAAAGCAGAGGAAGCAGCUGACGAAGGCCCGCAGACGGAUAAGCCGAUCGAAGCCCCAGACGAAGGCGAGGGAGAAGAGAGCUCGCCAGGUGAUACAGGAGAGAAAGAGAGAGAGAACGGAUCGAAGGGUAAGAGAAAGAGAAGGGAGAGGGCUAAAGAAGGAGGAGGAGCGCCGCCUCCUUCUCUGGCGGUCUUUGCUUUCAUGUUGUCGCUGGUGGCGCUUGCCGUCCAACUCGUGAGGAGUCGAAGGCGCCGUUAGGCUUCGCACCGGAUUGCAGUUAUGGUGUUGGUUUACAUUGUAGAAUGUGCUAUUGUUUCAAUUGUUUAUAUGGUUCCCUUCUUAUGUUUCUGAAAAA